CCUGUCCGGAUACCCCAGUCCCAGCAUGCAACGCGCCGCAGUUUGAAUGGCGCUGCUGUCUACGGCGAGUGGGCCGCGGUGUUAGGACACCGCCGACGCCGCUGCUGCCAAUUCCAGGGCUGGCAUCGGAGUCCCGAGCAGCGGCGGAACCCCUGGUGCGCUGGACCAUGAGCGGCAGCAGGAAUUGUGGAGAUUAUGGCAUCUGAAGCUCAAAAUGUUAGAAAACGGAACCUGUUAUGUAUUGAGGGUCGUCCUAUUGAUCUCCCUAAGAAAAGGAGCUCUCAUUCCCUUAAUGAGAAUAUGAAGGAGGAUAAGCAAUCUGCAAAACAUUUGGCUUCUUGCACAAGCAGAACAACAGUUGGACAAACUCUAACCAGCCCUCGUUCUCUGUUCAAAGUAGUAUAUUGUAGAAAAAAGGCUCACUAUUAUUCUCCAAAGCCUUGUUUCAGAAAGAAACAGCUCCCUAAAGCUAGAGGCCGUGACAUGGCAAAUAAGGAAAAUGAACUAGCCUGUGCAGGUAACCUGCCAGCCAAAUUGCCUCCUAAUGGUCGUACUUUGUUACUGAACUCCAGUGAUGCUGGCCGAUCUCAAACAGAGAGUCCUUCAUCAAAAUACAGUGGGUUUUUUUCAGAGGUUUCUGAAGAUCAUGAUACAAUGGCCCAAGUUCUCUUCAGUAGAAAUCUCCGGCUGAAUGCAGCUUUAACUUUUUGGAAGAGGAGAAGUAUAAGUGAACUUGUAGCCUAUUUAUUGAGGAUAGAAGAUCUGGGAGUAGUUGUAGAUUGUCUCCCUGUCCUUACCAGCAGUUUACAGGAAGAAAAACCUUAUAUUUCUGUUGGUUGCUGUGUAGACCUUCUACCAUUAGUAAAAUUAAUGCUUAAAAGCAAAUUUGAAGAAUAUGUAAUUGUUGGUUUAAAUUGGCUUCAGGCUGUGAUUAAGAGAUGGUGGUCAGAACUUUCUGUCCAUACAGAUAAAAUAGAAGAUGAAAAUAUUCAAAUUUUAAAAGAACAAUUAAGUAUAUUGUGGAAACAAGAAAAUCAUCUUACUUUGGUUCCAGGGUAUACGGGUAAUAUAGCAAAGGAAGUGGAAUCUUAUUUGUUACAGUUGCACUGAUAUACCUGGAGGACAAAGCUGUGUGUGCGCUAAUGUACUUAAACAGAAACUGUCAACAGUCAACAGUAACACUAAGCAAAAUACUCUUUCCAAAUAAUUCCUCAUCUGAGGACUGUCUUUGACAGAAGAAGGCUAGACCAUUGGAUUAUUUAAUGCGAACACUAAAUAUCCAUCUGCUUCACAUUGAAGUGGAAAAAAAAAUCUCAGGAGCAACUUUUACUUCAGUGAGGUGAAAGUGCACUAUGAAAACUGUAUGCAUGCCUUUGCCGCAUUUGAGGGAUAUUUUCAGUUACUUGGUGAAAUCAUGAAAGUGUUUCUUCUACAUAACUAUAUACUACAACAAAACCGAAUUGUGAAGACAGAAGUGAAAACCAUUACUAGGAACCACAAAAGACCAUUCGCCAUAAAGAUUUUUUUAAAUCAUGUUUUUCUUAUGAACUGUAAAAAUGUAUUUUCGAAUAUGUUACAACUUUUGACAGUUUCGAUGUACUGAAUUUCUGAAAUGUGUCUGCUAUAUUAAUCAAAAUAUUAAAGACUGUUUUUGUUGCACUACUGAAAAACUGCAUCUAGCAAAGAGGCCUUAACAACUAGAAUUGCAAAUAGCCAAUAUAUUAGGAUAUCAUAUAGCCAAUAUAUUAAAUAGCUGUAUAGAGGGAUGGAAAUUCCUUUGAAAAAAAUCAAAGUGUUUACACAAAUUGUACAAAUAAUUUUGAAAUGUUUUGCACACUGAAAUAUAUUGAAGUGGGGUUUUCCACUAAAUUGACUACUUAAAUACCUGUAUGACUUAAUUAUAAGAGUAUUAAAAUGUAGAACAUGGAGAAAGUUAACUGUAGAUGUCAACAGAAUAGUGGUUCUGUAUAUCUUGCAGAAUUUUAAUAUUUUUUCUAAUAUAUUCUCCUCUUUAUAGUUUGAAUUACACGCAGCUUAGUAAAUGUACUAAUGUUACUGUUUUAAGUUCAGAUUUUCCAACUUCAAAACCUUUUCUGCUGUUCUUUAGAUAUUUAAAACUCCUAGAAAUGUUUACAGCCUGUCUAGACUUGUUCGUUUCAGAUUUAACAGCGCAGCUGCUACCUCUUCUAACAAAUGUUGCUGCAGUUUAAUAACAAAGUUUCAAAGUUUAAUAACACUUGUAUGCCGCCCAAUCCCGUAGGAUUCCGGGCGGAGUCCUGCAGAGCUUUCAGACGUAGAUGCCAACAUGGUCAAAUUCCUAACACUGAUUUUUUUUAAAAAAAACAAACAAACAAACAAUAAAUGCAGUACAUCCCAUGUACAAGUUUUACAGCUGUACUUUGUUUGGGUUAUUUGUGACAUUUUAGGUCAAUCUGCUAUGGAUUACUUAUUCAUUUGUACUGAAAAACAACUUAAUGUGUUUCUAAGAUGGCACCUGUGUUUUAUAUAAGUAGAAAACAGAUAUUUCCAAAUAAAAGUUUAGGAAGUGCCAACAGUGCACCAAAAUAUAAGCUGAAAUAUUUGUAGCAUGUUAGCAAAGUUGCUCAUUAUAUUUAAUGUAAUCCCAAAUUAAAUUUAAAUAUUAGUUUUAUGCAUAUAAACAACUGCAGGCUAUAAGAGGACUUAUGUACAUUUCCUUAUAAAAACAAAUCUGAAUUGUUAAAAUAAAAAUUAUAAAUCUAGUUCUAUUGACUUACAGACUUCCAGCUGUGCAGGGUUAUGCAAAUUUUUCCUGGGUCUUUUGUCUUCAUAUAAGAGAAAAGCUGUCCAGCUCUUGGGCCAACAGAGCUAUAAACAAUUUAAAGAUUAAAUAUGUAAAAUCAAUCAUUAUUACCAUAAUGUUUUUAAGGGCUUACCAUAUGAAAUCAGUAGCAUCAAUAACAGACUGUAUAAUUGUAUAACAUUCCUGUACUCAUCUGAUCAGCUAACUUAAGACAAGUAGCAAUUUUAUGCUGUUUCAUAUUGACCUCCUAUUUCAUAGGCCAUUUUGCCUUGAUAAUUGCUUUUUUUUUAUUUCAUUCUACAGAAGGAUCGGUAAUAUAAAGUGGCAUUGCAAAAAAUAAAGACUUAACAUAGUUAUGAAUGAAGUGGCUGGAGAUUUGUGGAUAUUUUGUGUAUGGAAAUUUGAUUUUUUUUAUAAAUGUUAGGACAUAUUAAAAGUAGUUUAGUUUUUUUGUUGUUUUGUUUUCCAUUAAAAUUGAUAUUUAAUCAUACACCCACAUUUUGUGCAACAUUAGUUGCUAGAAAAUGCAACUGGGAAUGAGCCACCAAUUAGUUAUAAUGACUUACACAUUAGAUGUACCUAACUUCAGUAUAUGCUGCACCAAUGUGUACUAAAUGUAGGAUGGAUAAGGUGAGGCAUCUGAAGGGUGUGCUUUGCAAAGCUAUAGAACUGCAGCAUUAUAGGUAGUCCUCAUUUAGUGACCAGAGUUGGGACUGGAAACUCAGUCACUAAGUGAUGCAGUUACUAAGUGAAAAAUCACAAGGCUGUGACUACUUUAUGGUUUUAUUUCUUUUUCUUUUCCCCCACACCCCUGCCUUUUGAAAUCCUCAUUCUCAGCACUAAGAUAAUUACUAAGUAGGGAUUUAAUGUUUCUAUUUACAUUCAUUGAAGAGGGAGGGACUACAAGAAGAUAAGCAGACACACAAUAGGUGAUACACAUUGAAAAGAAUGCAACAAUAAACAACAUGAGCGCAUUUCUUUCAAUGUAUAUUCAUUGUGUUCCUGCUUACUGUCUCAUAAUCUCUAUUUCUCCAUUCUCUGUUCUGUGAGGGGGAAAAAGAAACCACUAAUGUACAGGACAAUAUAUGGGAUUGUAAUGAUGACAUGUGACUGAAGGAUGCUGCAAAGAUUGUAAAAGCUCAGCUUAGUCACAGUUAUCUUUUCAGCACUGUCAAAAGUUCAAAGGAUUGCUACACAAGGCAACUUGUAAGCAAAGUUUGCCUAUAUAUAUUCAGUCACCAAAAAGAUCAGUCAGGGGGAAAAGCAACUGAAAUACUUUUUUGAGAUCAAUUGCAAAGUGAUGUACAACAUUGUACUGCAAUUGAAGCAUAGAUGGUUUAAAAAGCCAUGUCCUUUAAAGAAUUUAUAAGCUGCUUCAAAAACUGUUUUGCAGUUUGCAUAAAUAUGUCUGCAAUAAUUUAGCUUCAGUGGUGUCUGAAUAAAAGUGUGCAUGCAUGGUUUUUACUUUCAUUUGUUUCACACAGCCCUGUUGCUGCAAUUACUAAUACAGUAGUACUUUGGUAUGUCUAUUUUGACAAGAAUACUUGAGGAAAACACAUGUUAGGCAAAAUAAAUUUUCAAUAAUGGAGAAUCAAUAUACCUCAAGGUUGAAUUGUUGGGGUUCUUAUUCUUUGAGUUUUUUUCUUGCAACUUUUUUCCUCACUUAAGCACUUAACGUUACUUUUUUUCCAACAAAAUAAUUACAUAGUGCUCAACAUCAAGUACUUAAAUAGAAUUGUUAUUUUUAUUGGGAAGAUCUAUAAUGUCUGCC